AUGCCGCUGCCAUCGCGAAGACCGUUGGCAGUCUCGGGCGUGUGCACUGGUCAAGGCCCUGCGAACGUGGUGCUGCCAUUCUGGCUGGCCAGCCUCGCCUGCCGCCUCCCAUCUCCCCCCCUUUCCGGUCCACUACUCUUCGUGCCCUCCCGUCUUGCCUCCCCCACCCUCCUCCUCCCCUGCAAGACCGCCACAGCGAGAGCGCAGACCUGCCCUGGAGCGCGCGCUGGCCGAACGCGCCCUCUCUUGGGCGGUCCUCUUGGGCGGUCCUCCUCCUCCUAUAUCCUCCUCCUCCUCCUCCUCCUCCUCCUCCUCCUCCUUCUCCUCCUCCUCCUCCUCCUCCUCCGUGAGGCCUGCAGGAAGCCACUUUGGAGCCCAUGGGCUGCUUCUUGUGCCCGCUGCCUGCCCCAGGAGGCACUCUUCGAGGAGCGCGGAGUUAUGGUGCCGCACGAGUCAGGCGGUGAGGCACAAAGGCUGGUCGCCCCGAGCGGCUUAGCCCAGCAGCAGCAGGCGCGCUCGGGUGUGGCUCCCCGUGCUCCCCCGGAGCCGCGCACCGCAGGCAACUCUUGUCAAUGGUUACUCUCCUGUGCAGCUGCACCCGUGGAGCGUUCCCUUGUCUGCUGCAAGCUCGCGGCAGCCGCCGCUGCGGUGCAGCGCCACGCCGCUUGUGGACCCUUUGCGCGUCAUCGGGGUCCAUUUUUCCCAAAUGGCGCCCGCGCACGAGAUGUUGUCUGUGAAGAGCUCUUAAAGCAGACUCUGCACCAAGUCAACGGCAUCGCAAUAAUGACUCCAUGCUCUUUAGGGCCUUCCCUGCUUUUGUUCUGCUGGCUCUCCUCUUCCAUCUGGGACCUGUGUGCAACGGAGGCCUGA